AUGGGCGCCGCCAUACUACGCGCCGUCUUCCGCUACCUCGCCGUCGUCCGCUUCCAGCAGCCCCCUCAGCUGAGCGCCGGCAAGUCCGGGGGCCGCUUCGUCCUAAUUGCGCCCCCUGAAGCCUCGCUCAUCCGAGGCGUGCUGAGCAGCCCGGCCGCGGCUACGAAGCCCGCCCCCGUGGGAGCCGUGUGGCACCCGGCACCUGUUUCUCCGGGGAGCACGGAUCCGAAUCUGAAGGUAGUGAUUUAUGCCGGAGGCGGCGGGUUCGUUUUGGGCUGGGACCCCGACCAGAACUCCGCGAACGUGUCGGCGGUGGCUACCAAGCAUUUCGGGGUUACCAACGUGCUGUAUAUGCAGUACCGGCUGGCCUCGGACAAGAACCCGUUUCCUGCUGCGGUCCAGGACCUUUUCACCACUUACCAGUACGUGCUCGACCUCGGUGUAGCCUCGAGGGACAUCGUCGUCAUGGGAGACUCGACGGGGGCGAACCUCGUUCUUGCCCUUCUUCGCUAUCUAGCUGAACAUGGCCUCCCGCAACCAGGGGGCACAACAGCUUUCUCGCCCUGGGUGGAAGUAACAUCGGAAGCGGUACAGAGAUAUAACCGAUCAACGGCAAGAGGGUACGACAUCCUGGACGUGCCACUCCUGGAGUGGGCACUCGAGGUCUACCGACCACGGGGGAAAACACUGAAGGCGGAAGAAGAAGCGUACGUAUCGCCGUUGAACCACCCGUUCCGGCUCGAGACACCCCUUUUCAUCGACUCCGGCAGUCUGGAGGGAUUCUACGAGUCCAUAAGCAUCUUCGCGAGACAGAUGGCAGAGAUAGAAGGGAACAGCACCCAUUUUAAUACCUCGGUCGGCAUGCCGCAUGAUUUCUUCCUGACGUACCCGAUCCUCGGUACGAAGGAAGAGGCAUCUGCGGUUCUAGAACGAGCGAAGAACUUCUUAGACGGACAAAUCUGA